AUGUCACGUUCUGGGGACACGGUUUCGUGUGAGCGGGAAGACAAAGGAGGAGGGAAAAGGGGAGACGGGCUGGACAGGCCUGUAGGGCGAAGUUCAGGAAGGGCCGCCGCUGCUGCCGGUCCCCGUAGGCAUGCCCUCCCGGCACAGGCACCUAGGCAGUGGCGCCGGCCCCGGGACGGAUGCUGUGGCUCCUUCCUAUUUCAGACGGACCCACCCAGGGUAAAUAGCUGUGUGAAGAGCGAUGAGCAUGCCCUGGAGGAGCUGGAAACAGAAGGGGAGAGGCAGCUGAAAAGCCUCCUUCAGCAUCAACUUGAUACCAGUGUCUCCAUUGAGGAAUGUGUAUCUAAGAAAGAGAGCUUUGCUCCUGGUACUAUGUACAAGCCCUUUGGGAAGGAAGCAGCUGGAACUAUGACUUUGUCCCAGUUCCAGACACUGCAUGAGAAGGACCAGGAGACUGCUUCUCUCAGGGAACUAGGGCUUAAUGAGACAGAAAUCUUGAUUUGGAAGAGCCAUGUUUCAGGUGAAAAGAGGGCGAGACUUAGGGCAACCCCUGAAGCAAUACAGAACCGUCUUCAAGAUAUUGAGGAAAGAAUCUCAGAGCGUCAGCGCAUCCUUUGCCUGCCACAGAGGUUUGCAAAGAGCAAACAGCUGACCCGGCGAGAAAUGGAAAUAGAAAAUUCUUUAUUUCAGGGAGCUGAUCGUCACUCCUUCCUCAAGGCUCUUUAUUACCAAGCAUACCACAAAAAGACAAGUGCAGACAAGUACAUGACCUCAAUGAAGAGGAAGAUAAAAUUAGGCACAAAAGAUGAACCCCAAAAGAAGAACAAAGGUGAUCCCAUGAACAACCUGGAAAAUUUUUACCAAGAGAUGAUAAUGAAAAAACGUCUUGAAGAGUUCCAACUAAUGAGAGGUGAACCCUUUGCUUCCCACUCACUGGUCUCAGCUACAUCAGUGGGAGAUAGUGGCACAGCUGAGAACCCGUCAUUACUCCAGGACAAGGGAAAACAGGCAGCACAGGGUAAAGGUCCCAGUCUCCAUGUGGCAAAAGUUAUUGAUAAUUCACCUGAGCAGUGUUGGACGGGGCCUAAGAAGCUGACGCAGCCAAUAGAAUUUGUCCCAGAAGAUGAGAUCCAGAGAAAUCGUUUGUCAGAGGAAGAGAUCCGAAAAAUUCCUAUGUUUUCUUCAUAUAAUCCAGGGGAUCCAAACAAGGUGUUAUACCUGAAGAACCUUAGCCCUCGGGUGACCGAAAGAGAUCUUGUCUCAUUAUUCGCUCGGUUCCAGGAGAAGAAAGGACCUCCAAUUCAAUUCCGAAUGAUGACUGGACGAAUGAGGGGGCAGGCUUUUAUCACUUUUCCCAAUACAGAAAUAGCAUGGCAAGCAUUGCAUCUAGUAAAUGGAUAUAAACUACAUGGGAAAAUAUUGGUGAUAGAAUUUGGAAAGAACAAAAAGCAGCAGUCAGAUCUCCAGGCUGCUUCUCUAAUAUCAUCUACUACAGAUAAUACUACAGAAAUCAGUGGCAGCUAGAAGACAUAAAGAUUGCAAGUCUCAGGAGGUCUUUCUUGCAUCAGAAUCUAGGAUCUAGGAUUUGUAUAUAGAUAGCAAUUUAUUUGGAAUUGAAGAAGAGAAGCUAACUGAGGGAGAGAAAACUGAAUUAAAAUCCCUUUCAGCUUUUGGAAAGAAUUGGUAGAAAACAUUUUCUGUAAUCAAACACUCUCUGGGAUAGACAAUAUAAUGAGUAUGGAGGGUAGGGAAUAAAGAGUAUCAUUUUCUCAGGAUAAAUUACAGUGGAUUACUUCCAGGCAUUUUUUUUAAUCAUUAUAAUUUAUAUGAGGUCUUAAAUAUUUGUCCCUAGUGGUAACAUUCUUUCAAGACUGGCUCCUAUACAUACAAAACUAAAAAACUAUUUAAGUGUUGAAAUAUUUAUUUCUAGAGCCCAUUUGUCCCUAAUUUUAUUUUCCUAGUAAAUAAAUGACCAAGCCUCCAGGCCUAAACAUCAGCAAAUGCUCUUGAAUGAGACCUAUCAGCAGUAACAGUAGGUAGUUUUCAUAAGUUAGUCAACAUAUUUAAUGGACAUUUCCCUAUUAGGUUAUCACUGUCUUCAAAUAGCUUUAUAUUUUUUCUAAUGAAAGAAUUUAGAUCAAAACAUUAAUGUUCUCAUAGUCAUUUAAGCUAGCUACCAUUGAGUAAUGAUUGAAUUCAAAGCAAUAAACAUUGAAUCAUUGUCUAUUACAUGUUAGGGAUUAGAUAUAUUAAUUUUAGAAGAGGAACAUACUAGCAAAGAAUACUAAAGAGGGGUAGAAAUAAAGAGCUCUCUAGAAGAAAGGCAGCCUACCCCAAAUCCCCCAGUUGUUUGUUUGUAGUUGCUGGAGAAUAGAAAGAUGAUAUGAUAUAGAGGAAGUAGUCCAAACUUUGGAGUCAGACCUGUUUGAACUUCACAGCCAUACUUACCACUCUGUGACCUUGGCAAGUCACUUAAUCUGAGCCUCAGUUUUCUCAUCUAUAAAAAUGAGGAUAAUAAUACUACUUACCUCAUUGGGUUGUGAUGUUUAAUGGGAUAAUUGUAUCCAGGUUGAAGAUCAGAAAGAAAAAAGAAUGAAAAUUUAACAGGGUAAAGAACCAUUAAGCACUCCAACAUACUUGUAAUGGGAAUAUCAGAGAAAGAAAGGAGCGGAAAAAAUAUUCCAAUAAAUAAUGGCUGUAAACAUCCCAAAUUUGAUGAGAAACAUUAUCUACACAUCUGAGAAAUCUCAGUGAACCCCAAUUAGGAUAAACAAGAAGAAAUCAACAAACAUACCAUAAUAAGAAUGCUAAAACCCAAAGACAAAGAGAAACUUUUGAAAGCAACAUGAGACAACUGAAGCCACUUACAAGGGAACCUCAAUAAGAGUAAUAGAUGAUUUCUCAUCAGAAACAAUGGAGGUGGCAGUGGGAAAACAUAUUCAAAGUGCUGAAAGAAAAAGACUGUCAAUAUAGAAUCCUAUAUUCAAUAAAGCUGUUUUUCAAAAAUGAAGAUGAAAUAAAGACAUUCCCACAUAGUCAAAAACUGGGAGACUAUGUUGCUGUCUGACCUGACUUACAGGAAAUAUUAAAGGAAGUUCUUCAGGUGGAAAGCAAGUGACCUCAGACAGCAAUUUGAAUCUACACAUCUAAAAAAUUAGCAUGGGUAAAGGUAAUUAUGUAAUUAUAAAAGACAGUCAAAAUACAUUUUUCCUUAAUUGAUUUAAAAAGCUAUUUUAUAAGACUAUGUAUAUAGUUGCAUUGUUGGAUCUAUAACAUAUAAAACUGUAAUAUAUUUACCAAUAACAAGACAAAGGAAGUGGGUGGAAACAAAGCUGUAUUGGAUUAAAGAAAUGACUCUAACAUGGUAACUCAAAUCCAUAGGAACAAAUGAAGAAAAUAGGAAAUGGGAAAUAAGGUUAAUAUAAAAAAGUUGUAAAUAUAUACUUGCUCUUUCUUCUCUCAGCUUCUUUAAAAGACAUAAAAUUAUAUUAAGGAAUAAUUAUAAUGAUGUAUUGUUGGGUUUGUAAUGUAGAAAUAAUAAUGAUAAUAAAUAAUACCACAAAAAGUGAGAAAAGGAAUAGGUUUAUAUAGGAAUAAGGUUUUUAUAUCUCAUUGGAAUUUAGUUAGUAUAUAGGCUGAAGCCAAUUAAAUUAAGAUGUGUUCAAUGCAAAAGAAAGCAAAAAGAGGAAUGGAGAAACAAAAACUUGAGACAUAUAGAAAAGAAACAGUAAAAUGGCAGUCAUAAGUCCACCUAUAUUAAUAAUAAAUAUGAAUGGAUUAAACAAUCCAAUCAAAAGGCAGAGAUCAUCAAACUGGAAAAAAAACCAAGACUUACCUCUAUGCUCUUUAUUGGAUUCACACUUUAGAUUCAAGGAUACAGACUGAAGAUUAAAGGAUAGAGAGAAAUAUCAGGCAAAUGGCAACUAUAAGAAAGCUGGAGUGGCUAUACUAUUAUCUAAAGUCUAUUUAAAAUGAACCUUAAAACAAAAAAUGUCACUAUAGAUAAAGAGUGACAUAUUGAUAAAAGUCAAUCCAUCAGAAAGAUAUAACAAUUAUAAACAUAUAUGCACCUGACAACAGAGUACCAAAAUACAUGAAUCAAAAACUGAAAUGAGUGGAGAAAUAUAAAAGUAUACAAUAAGAGUUGGGGAAUUAAGUACCCCAUUUUCAAUAAGAACUAGACAGAAGAUGAACAAGGGAAUAGAAGACUUGAACAAUGCUAUAUAUCGACUAGACCUUAAAGAGACUUAUGGCACACUUCACCUAACAAGAGCAGAAUACACAUUCUUCUCAAGUGCACAUGAGACAUCUCUAGGAUAGACCAUAUCACCUACCAUAAAACAAACCUCAAUAAAUUAAAGUGGAUUAAAACCAUGCAAAGUAUGUUCUCUGACCACAUGGAAUGAAGUUAGAAAUCAACAACAGAAAGUUGGGAAACACAAAUAUGAAUUAGACACACUUUUAAAUGACCAGUGGGUUAAAGAAGGAAUUACAAGAUUAAUUUGAGAUGAGUGAAAAUGAACACACAAAAUGCCAAAGCUUCUGGGAUACACCUAAAGCAGUGCUUAGAGAGAAAUGUAUAAGUACAAAUGCCUGUAACUUAAAAGAAAGAUAACAUAUCAAUAACCUCACUUUACACCUUAAGACACUGGAAAAAGAGAAGGAAACUAACUAGAAAAAGCAAAAGGAAGGAAAUAAGAGAUUAGAUAAAUAAAUGAUAUAGAGAAUAAAAAGUCAACAAAACCAAAAGUUGGUUCUGUAUAAAGACCAACAAAAGUGAUAAACCUUUCAGUAGACUGACCAGGAAAUAAAGGAGACUCAAAUUACUAGGAUCAGAAAUGAAGGCGGGAACAUUGCUACCAACCUUAUAAAAAUUUAAAAUAAAAAUUAUGAAGGAACACCAUGAACAAUUUUAUGCCAAUAAAUUAGGUAACUUAUUUGAAAUAGAAAAAUUCCUAGAAAUACACAAACUACUGAAACCAAUUGUUGGGGGGGGGGACAAAGAAAAUCUGAAGAUAACCUGUAAUAAGUAAAGUGGUUAAUUAGUAAUUUUUUUUAAAUACCCAUAAAGAAAAGCAUAGGCUCAAAUGGAUUCUUAGAUUAAUUCUCACAAACAUUAAAGAAGAAUUAAUGCAAGUUCUUCAGAAACUCUUCCAAAAAGUAGAAGAGGAGGGAACACUUCUGAUAUAUGCUACAACAUGGAAGAACCCUGAAAACAUGCUAAAUGAAAGAAGCCACUCCAAAAGACUAUAUAUUAUAUGAUUCUAAAUAUACAGAGACGGAAAGUAGAUUAGUGGUUGCUUAGGGCUUCGGGUAAUAGCUGAAGUGUAUGGGGUUUCUUUAGAACUUGAUGAAAAUGUUCUAAAAUUGUGAUGAUUGUACAACUCUGAAUAUACUACAAAUCAUGAAUUGUACACUUUAAAUGAGUGUAUUUUAUCUUACCUGAAUUAUAUUUUAAUAAAGUCACACACACAUACAAAUACUGAAAUGUCCAUCAGUAUGAGAAUGGAUAAAUUAUGGCACAUGCAUUUAGUGGAAUACUAUACAGGCAUUAAAAUAAUGGGAUAUAUCUAUUAAUGCAUUCUGACCUGUAUGAUGUCCAGGAUUUUGUAAUAAGUUAAAAAGUUAUGUAUAUAUAUAUAUAUAUGUGUGUGUGUGUGUAUAUACAUAUAU